GCAUCCCAACUCAUCGUUGUCACCCUUGGGGGCAUCCUUCUUUUGGGGGGGACAUUUCUGGUCAUCACUGUCACCCUUGGGGACAUCUUUCUUUGGGGGGGGGCAUCCUUGCUCAUCAUUGUCACCCUUGGGGACAUCCUUCUCUUGGGGGGGGGGGGCGUCCCAAAUCAUUAUUGUCACCGCUGGGGACAUCCUUUUGAGGGGGGGACACCCCAACUCAUCAUUGUUACCCCUCAGGACAUUUCUCCUUUUUUUUUUUGGGGGGGGGGACGACACACAUCAACUCAUCAUGGGCACUACUGGGGACAUCCUUCUUUCGGGGGGGGGACAUCCUUCUUUCGGGGGGGGGACACCCCUGGUCAUCACCGUCACCGUUGGGGACACCUUGGUUCAUCGUUGUCACCCCUUGGGGACAUCCCUUCUGGUGGGGGCGGGGAGCAACACCUGAACUCAUUGCUGUCCCCUUUGGGGACACCCCUCCGUGCGCCCACCACCUUUGGGGGGGCACCCAACUCAUUGUUGUCACCCUCGGGGACACCCCCUCUGCUCAACCAUCACAUUUCGGACUGGGGGGGCCACCUCAACUCAUCGCUGUCCCCAUCGGGGACGUCCCCGCCGCGACGUAGGCACCGCCUUGGGGCCACCAUGGCCACCGACUCGGGGGACCCCGGCAGCACCGGGGACCCCGAGAAGCCCCACGGGACCCCCCUGGAGGAGCCCCCCAACGCGCCGGAGAAGACGCGGUUCGUCCGGAAGAGCGUGGAGAUGGUGGAGGACGAGCGGGCGUCCCCGUCCGACGGCCGCGGCGACGCCGGCGGCCGGGAGAAGGCCAAGCAGGAGAUCGAGGAGGAGGCGGAGAUGAAGGCCGUGGCCACCUCGCCCGGCGGCCGCUUCCUCAAGUUCGACAUCGAGCUGGGCCGGGGGGCCUUCAAGACGGUUUUCAAGGGCUUCGACACCGACACCUGGGUGGAGGUGGCCUGGUGCGAGCUCCAGGACCGCAAGCUGACCAAGGUGGAGCAGCAGAGGUUCAAGGAGGAGGCGGAGAUGCUGAAGGGGCUGCAGCACCCCAACAUCGUCCGCUUCUACGACUCGUGGGAGUCCACGCUGAAGGGCAAGAAGUGCAUCGUCCUCGUCACCGAGCUGAUGACGUCGGGCACCCUCAAGACGUACCUCAAGAGGUUCAAGGUGAUGAAGCCCAAGGUGCUGCGGAGCUGGUGCCGGCAGAUCCUGAAGGGUCUCCACUUCCUCCACACCCGCACCCCGCCUAUCAUCCACCGGGACCUCAAGUGCGACAACAUCUUCAUCACCGGCCCCACGGGCUCCGUCAAGAUCGGCGACCUCGGCUUGGCCACCCUCAUGCGCACCUCCUUCGCCAAGAGCGUCAUCGGGACGCCGGAGUUCAUGGCGCCGGAGAUGUACGAGGAACGCUACGACGAAUCGGUGGACGUCUACGCCUUCGGGAUGUGCAUGCUGGAGAUGGGCACCUCCGAGUACCCCUACUCCGAGUGCCAAAACGCCGCCCAGAUCUACCGCAAAGUCACCAGCGGCAUCAAGCCAGCCAGCUUCAACAAGGUGACGGACCCAGACGUGAAGGAGAUCAUCGAGGGCUGCAUCCGGCAGAACAAGGCGGAGAGGCUCUCCAUCCGGGACCUGCUGAACCACGCGUUCUUCGCGGAGGACACGGGGCUGCGGGUGGAGCUGGCGGAGGAGGACGGGGGCCUCGACUCCUCCCUGGCGCUGCGCCUCUGGGUGGAGGACCCCAAGAAACUGAAGGGGAAGCACAAGGACAACGAGGCCAUCGAGUUUAGCUUCAACCUGGAGUCCGAUGUCCCCGAGGAGGUGGCCUACGAGAUGGUGAAAUCCGGCUUCUUCCAUGAGAGCGACUCCAAAGCCGUCGCCAAAUCCAUCCGGGACCGCCUGGCGCUGGUGAGGAAGACGCGGGAGAGGAAGCAGGCGGAGGGCCGGGGGACCGUCCCCGAAAGCGAGGACACCGAGGUGGACCAGCACGUCCGGCAGCAGCUCCUGCGGCAGCAGACCCCCGCCACUGCUGAUGUCCUCUUGGAGAACAGUGCUGGAUCGGAGGCCACCGGGUGCUACCAGGGGGUCCCCUUUGGCACGGAGGGGAUGGCGCCGGAUGUCCCCACAGUGCCACCACCACCCGUGCCACCAGCCUCGUCCCAGCUGGAGGCCACCAACGUGGAUGGGCAGAGCCGGCCUGGUGGCCCCGUCACCGGUGUCAGGGGGGACGCUGGCCAAGCAGUGACACCGGUGGCAGGGGCAGCGAGGGUCCAGACGGCUCCCGGUGCACCAGGGACAGUGAUGGGGAUGCCACCGGCUCCAGGGAUGCCACAAGCUCUGGUGAUGCCACCAGCCCCAGGGAUGCCACCAGCUCCAGGGAUUCAGAUGGCUCCUGAGAUGCCACCAGGUCAAGGGAUGCCAACGGGUCAAGGGAUGUCACCAGCCCCAGGGAUGUCACCAGCUCCAGGGAUGCCAUCAGGUCAAGCGUUGCCACCAGGUCAAGGGAUGCCACCAGUCCCAGCGAUGCCACCAACCACCGCGAUGCCACCAACCCCAGCAAUGCCACCAGCCCCAGCGAUGCCACCAACAGAGGCCACCCCACGGGACGUCCCCGGCGUCCCCGACUCCACCGCCGCCAAACCCGACCGCAGCCGGCAGCGCCGAGCCUCCUGCCCACGGCCGGACAAGGGCGCCCGCUUCCAGCUCACCGUCCUACAGGUCUCGUCCCCGGGGGACAACACGGUGGAGUGCCAGCUGGAGACGCACGACAGCAAGAUGGUGACCUUCAAGUUCGAUGCCGACGGGGACGCCCCCGAGGACAUCGCCGACUACAUGGUUGAGGACAACUUCGUGCUGGAGGCUGAGCGGGAGAAGUUCGUGGAGGAGCUGAAGGCCAUCGUGGUGCAGGCGCAGGGGCUCCUCCGCCCCCCCGCCUCGGACCCCCAGGUGCCCCAUGGGCCCCCCCAGGGCGAAAGCGUCCCCCACUCGUCCCCCAUCGGCCGGUGGAGGUUCUGCAUCAACCAGACCAUCCGCAACCGGGAGGUCCAUGGUCCUGGGGGGCCACCGCAUGGACGGAGGGCGAUGGGGACGUCCCGCACCGAGCAGGAUGCGGCCGUGGAGCAGGGCAUGCCAUUGGGUGUCAACGGACCCCAAGAGUUGGGUGUCCCUCAAGGACUGGGGACAGCCAUCACCGGACCCCAAGAGUUGGGUGUCCCCCAAGGCUUGGGGACAAUCGUCACCGGGACCCAAGAGUUGGGUGUCCCUCAAGGACCGGGGACAAUUGCCAUCGGACCCCAAGAUCUGGGUGUCCCUCAAGGCUUGGGGACAAUUGUCACCGGACCCCAAGAGCUGGACGCACCCAGGGGACCGGAGAUGACAGUCACCGGGCACCAAGAACUGGAUGUCCCCCAAGGGUUGGGGACAAUCAUCACAAGACCCCAGGAGCUGGAGCCGGUUGUCACCACACCCCAAGAACCAGCUGUCCCCCAAGGCCUGGUGACAAUGGCCACCCAUGCUUGGGACCUCGAUGCACCCAAGGGACCAGAGAUGAUCGUCACUGCACCCCAAGAGCUAGGUGACCCUCAAAUGUUGGGGGCAAUUGUCACUGGUGCUUGGGACCUGGACGCACCCAAGGGACAGGAGGCGAUUGUCCCCAAACCCCAAGAGCUGGGUGUCCUCCAAGGACUGGGGACAAUCGUCACCGGACCCCAAGAGUCGGGUGUCCCUCAAGGCUUGGGGACAGUCAUCAGGGGACCCCAAGAGUUGGGUGUCCCUCAAGGCUUGGGGACAAUCGUCACUGGAGCUUGGGAGCAGGAUGCACCCAAGGGACCAGAGACAAUCGUCCCCAAAGCCCACGGCGAUGACUUGGGUGUCCCCCAAGGACCGGGGACAGUUGUCACCAGUGCUUGGGACCAGGAUGCACCCAAGGGACAGGAGGUGACCGCCACCCACCCCCAAGAGCUGGGUGUCCCUCAAGGACUGGGGACAACUGCCACCAACGCAUGGGACCCGGCGGCACCCAAGGGAGCCAAGACGAUCGUCACCGCACCCCAAGACCUGGAUGCGCCCAAGGGCCUGGAGAUGAUUGUCCCUGAACCCCAAGAGUUGGGUGUCCCUCAAGGACUGGGGACAAUCGUCACCAGACCCCAAGAGUUGGGUGUCCCUCAAGGCUUGGGGACAAUCGCCACCGGACCCCAAGAUUUGGGUGUCCCUCAAGGCUUGGGGACAAUUGUCCCCAGCACUUGGGACCUGGACGCACCCAAGGGCCCGGAGAUGAUUGUCCCCGGACCCCAAGAGCUGGGUGUCCCCCACGGUUUGGGGACAAUCCCCACCGCACCCCAAGAGCUGAGCGUCCCCCAAGAACCGGGGACAACCACCUCCACCUCUUGGGACCGUGCCGCACCCAAGGGACCCGACGAGCUUGGUCCCCAGGACCCGGAGGAACCCAAGGGCCCCGAGCAGGCCGUCGUGGGUCCCCAAGCCCCCGAUGUCCCCCCCGGGGCGGUGACACCCGUGCCCCCCCCGGCCAUCCUCACCCUGGACCAGCAGCUCCGCACCCUGCUCUACCCCGAGGGCCACCGCGAUGUCCCCAACCUCCGGCCGCCGUCCCCGGACCCCAAAGACGCUCCCCCCGGAGGAUAUUUUGGGAUCCGAUUCCACUGCCCCCGCCUCAAAAACCCCGUCAGCAAGAAAACGUGGAGCCGGAAAUUAAAAAAUUGGGCGCGACGCGCCGCCGCCCUCGGGGGGGGGCGACCCCGACCAGGUACCUCC